AUGCCGUUGGCAAGUGCGAUCAGUCUUUUCUGGGUGAAUCGUCUCGGAAACACCCUAUCAGUAGCAGGUCAAGCUGCUGCCAACCAGGUGUACUCUUCAGCAUUCUGGUUGUUUUCUUUCCUUCCAAGCGUAACCGCGACCCUUGUUUCCAAGGCACAUGCUAAUGGGGAUCUACAAGCUACACAAGACGCCGUAUGUCAGGCAUUUCUUCUUGCAUUACUCAUAAGCGUGUUUGGCGCAUCUUUCAUGUUCUUCUUCCCCAAUAAAGCGUUGGCGUCUAUAUUAAAACCCGAUUCGCCUACCCUAGAAAUUGCUAGACCGUAUCUGAAAAUAAGGGCGUUUUCUUUUGCACCGAUGUUGAUAUCAUUUGUUGGCUUUUCUGCAUUUCGGGGAACGAUGGAUGUUCAGACGUCAGUCAAAGUUACAUUGGCUGCAAAUCUUGUCACAAUGCUAUUGGAGCCAAUUUUGUUGCAUGUUCUGAAGAUCGGAAUACGGGGAGCUGCAUUCGCUAGCCUAUGCGGUGAGAUAGUAUCGGCCUCGGUUUACUUGAAACUAUUGACGAAGCGAAGGUUUCUGGCAUGGAAGAAUGUGUUCAGAAUACCUUCAUGGGCGUCGGUCGCACCACUUAUAAAGGGCGGAAUAUCCUUGCAGCUCCGAAGUUUUUGUAUGAAUUUCACAUUUCUGAUGGUUGCACGGGUCAUUCAAUCCCUUGACGAUACCGGAGUUUCCGCAUCAGCACACGCCCUUGCUGCCCAAACAUUCCAAUUGGGAGGAAUAGUGCUUGGUGCAUUAGGAAUGGCGUCACAGACGAUGGUACCAAAAGCACUAGCGGCCACAACAACGAAUGAAGACGGUUCGCUAUCGUCUUCCAAUGAGGCUAAACCAUUGAUCCGAAGAUUGCUGAUGUGGGGAUCUAGUCUUGGAUUCGUCAUUGGAUUGGCCCAACUGGCUUUCCUUCCUGCAAUUUUGAAGUCGAGUCCAUUGGCUGAAGUCAGAGAAGCUGCUCGAGUCCCUGCAUUAAUUGCUAUUUCAUUCCAAGGAGUGAACGGCAUUGUCAGUGUUGGCGAGGGCAUCAUGAUGGGCAGCGGACAUUUUACAUGGCUGUCAAUCAAUAUCGCCUUGGCAGCUCUUGGAUACCUAGCAACACUUCGGGUCUUUCCAAAACGUUUCGGUCUCGCAGGGGUAUGGGUUUGUCUAUCAUGCUUUACAUCGAUUCGGUUAAUUGGCGUACUAGUUCACCUCUAUGUUCGCAGUCCGAAGGAGGAAAGAGCAAGAAACAAUCUAUCAUAG